AUGAGGCCUGAGUCCUCUUCGCCUCCUCCUCCCCCUCCCCCCGCCUCCUCCCACUCAGCGCCCCCUUCACCACAGACGUCCUCCUCCAGGUCGACGUCCCCACCACCACACCGGUCUUCCUCUUCACAGCCCGCCGCGGGGGUCACAUUCCGACUGCGGCCUCUGGGCUUCUUCUCUCUUCUGCUCCUGGCGCUCUCCGUCCUGGCCAGCUGUCCGUCCCCAGCGGCCGGGGUUCGAGACUUCGCCUUCUUCAACACCACGUCGCUGGUGACCAUCCCGAACAGCGACUGGGACCUCCGGAGUCGAAAAGAGGUCACGUUUAGAACUUGUUCCGGGUCGGGGAGCCUUAUUUUCCUUCGAGGAUCCCUAUCAUCAUCGUCGUUGUCACCAUCAUCAUCAUCAUCAUCUCCAACGUCAUCAUCAUCAACAUCAUCAUCUGCAUCAGCAGCAACAUCAUCAUCGUCAUCAUCGUCGUGGUCCUCAUCCGUCGUGUCCUCCAGCUCCCACGAGCUGACUCUCUCCUUGCUCAACGGCUCCGUGGUGAUGGUGUGGUCAGUGAACGGUCAGUCGGGUGCGGCCCACGUGGGCCGGCGGGUCAACGACAACCUGUGGCACACAGUGCAGCUCAAGUAUUACCUGGGGGUGGUCACCCUCUCGCUGGCCAGCGACGGUCAAGCUGGACAGGACACGGUCAUUGUGGCCAACGCCACGCACAACGCCUUUCUGCUGGACGUCAGGU